CAACUGUUCCGGUACGUCCCCCGUUCACAGGGCUUUGACUGAGUCCCUCUUCCCUUCGACUCUCUCUGCGGAGUCCCUGGUGGGCUUUUCUGUUAUUUCUUCUUCGUUCGCCUUUACACUCUUUUCUUUCGUUCUGGCUGGACUUGUACACGAUGGAGUGGUGGCGCUUGUUCAGAUCCAUCAGGGUGGUCAUCUUUGCUUUCAUUUCUAUCGCCAGCCUUGCGUUCGCUGUUGUUUUGUCUGUAUACUUGUCGAAGGAAUGGGUUCACUUCUCUACUUUGCAACGCGCUAUCAUCCUUGCCCUCAUCGGCGUCAACGCGGUGACGUCCCUACUGUUGUAUCUCAUGGCCGUUGUUGUAUUCCGUUUGUGGAAAGAGCUCCUUCGGAUGCUCUUCCUCCUUGCCAUCCAUGUUGGUUCUGCGGUGCCGUUCACGCUAUUUGGCUUCACUCUUUCUUGUUCUAUCUUCAACUCACGGACGACAUGUAAAAUUUUCGAGCUUGUAUUCCUCUCAAGCGCAUGGUCCAUCACAGGACUUCUUCUUGGCUAUACCGUAUACCUCUGCAUAAUGUCCCGCGUACCUCGCCCUUUCCCUCUCGUUACACCCAUAGAUCUACUCGAUUCACAAACCGGGAGCUGGACAACCUCCAUCAUCUCCGCGCAGUCCGUCACUCAUUUGCUCCCCUCCUCCGACAACAAGCCGCUGAACAGCCGGCCCUCAACACGCUCCGCGGGCACCGCAAGCUCCGCAUCCGUAUACUCGCAGAACUCCGCCCCCCGCCCCAAGACCGUCCCCAAGCGGUUCUUCGUCGCCAACGCCGCGCCCGCGUCCAACACCCCGGCGGGCGUGGCGCGCAUGGGCCCGCUCCAGCGCACGCCGUCGUACGGCGCAACCGAGUCCGAGAUGCGCGAGGUCGAGCCGUCCAUCCUCCAGUCGCGCUUCUCCACCUCCAGCAUGGAGAGCGAGCAGUCCGCCGCGCCCGCGCCCCCCACGUUGCGCCGGCUCUUCUCCCUGCGCGCCUCGCGCGCCUCAGAGCACCUCUUCCGGCGGCCCACCGCGCCCGCGUCGCUCCCCGCGUCUCCGCGCCCUUCGCGGGAGAUGGCCCAGCGCGCGUCCCAGCGCUCGCUCCUGCUCAACAACGCCAACCCGUUCUCGGACCCGCUCUCGCGCCCGCAGACCGCGCUCUCCGGGCGCAGCUACGCGUCCGGGCUCAGCUACGCCUCCGCCUUCCCGCCCACGCCCGUGCGCCAGCCGCCCCCCGAGCUGUACUACCACUCGCCGUACGGGCCGCCCGCGCACUACGCUGGGCCCGGCCCGAACUCGCAGUAUAGCAGCAGGGCGGCGAGCCCGCAGGUGUACGCCGUCGGGCCGCCGCCCGGGCCCCCGGGGUACGCGUACCUCGCGCCGUACGCGGUGCACUACGCGGGCGCGCCCGCGCGCACGCACGCCGCGACGCCGAGCGCGGUGUCCAUCCACUCCAUGGCGCCCAGCAUCCACUUUGGCAGCCACGCCAACAUCAACGCCAGCCCCAGCCCCAUAAGCGCGUCCUCCUCCGGGCACCCCGCCGCGCUCACCCCCUCGCACCCCGCCAACAUGCACAUGCACGCGAGCGCGAGACUACCUGAGGCGGCGCACCUGCGGAGCACGAGCGACCCGCUGUUCCGGCCGUACAGCGCGGGCCCGCGGGUGGGCCGGCGCGGCGCGGGCGCUGGGGCGUACGACGACCUCGCGCUGCCGAACCCGUAUAUGGCGGGGGCGGAGAUCAGAAGGUAUGGGAGCGUGCCGCAUAUGCGCAGCGCGGCGGGGUAUGGGUAUGGGUAUGAGUAUAGGGCGCCGUCGGCGACGGCGGCGGACGACCCGCGGUGGAGGGCGGCGGUGUUGCAGGCUGCGGCUGCGGCUGCGGCGGGGAGGGGGUAGAUUGGGAGAUAUUGGGUUGAGAGGGUUGAGAGGGUUGAGAGGGUGGAAGUAAGUACUACUGGGUUUCUGAGUGCGCGCGGACAGACGUAGCGCUCCUAUACCCUUGAGCCGGCAGGACUUUCUGCAAUAUACGCGG